GUGCGUCGGUGCGUCGUCUCUAUGGUGGCGGCGGAUUUGGAGGGACCUGAGGAUCGCGGCGUCAGGUAGCUAAGCUGUGGGAAGAAGAGCUGGAGACCACAUUCUGCAUUUUUAGCUGAGACCUUCUGUACUACCAGGAUGUUGCGCCGCGAGCACUCCAUCCCACUUCGUAGCUCUGCCGCCGCCCUGUCUAACAACCUCAGUGUACUGCAGCUUCCAGGCCGUGAUCUCACGCAUUUUGGGGUGGUUCAUGGACCGAGCGCCCAGCUUCUCAGUGCUGCCCCUGAGGGUGUGAUCUUGGCCCAGCGCCAGCUCCACGUUAAAGAGGGUGCUGGAGUGAGUCCCCCACUUAUCACUCAGGUUCACUGGUGUGUCCUCCCCUUCAGAGUACUGCUGGUCCUCACCUCGCAUCGAGGGAUACAAAUGUAUGAGUCUGAUGGCUCCGUCAUGGUUUAUUGGCAUGCCUUGGACUCAGGAGAUGCUUCUUCAGCACAGGCUAUGUUUGCCCGAGGAAUUGCUGCCAGCAUCCACUUCAUCUGUGUGGGAACGUGGUCCGGUCGGGUACUGGUCUUUGAUAUCCCCGCUAAGGGUCCCAACAUUGUACUCAGCGAGGAACUGGCUGGGCACCAGACACCAAUCACAGAUAUCGCCACUGAGCGUGCCCAGGGGCAGGACGGUGUCGCUGACAUGGUGACAGCAGAUGACUCAGGUGUCCUGUGUGUCUGGAGGUCAGGACCUGAGUUCACCUUACUGACCCGAAUACCAGGCUUCGGGGUCCCAUGCCCCUCUGUGCAGCUCUGGCAGGGGAUUGUGGCAGCAGGAUAUGGAAAUGGGCAAGUGCGUCUGUAUGAUGCCAGCACAGGGGCCCUCCACGUCCAGAUCAGUGCCCACGCCCGGACCGUCUCUGCCCUGGACCUCGCCCCAGAGGUGGGCAAGCUACUGUCUGCAGCUGAGGACACCUUUGUGCACAUCUGGAAGCUGAACAGAAACCCAGAGAGUGGCUCUAUUGAGGUGGACCACUGCCACGGUGAAUGUAUUUCUGACACCCAGGUGUGUGGGGCUCGGUUCUCUGAUCCAUCGGGCAGCUCCUUUGCUGUGACAGGUUAUGACCUUGCUGAGAUCCUGAGAUUCAUCACUGUCUGAGUGAGGAGCAGCCUUCCGGUCUCCCUUGGUAUUUAUAAAGUAUUCCCCCCCAUCAA